AUGUAUGUUUGGGUAAAAUCUGUAGUGUACCUUGCAAUCUUUGGCGGUGUCGGAUACGGCCUGCUGGAGCUGACGACACCGAGCGAGGAUAAGCUAAAGCAGUUCCGCCAGCCGGGCCUGGAAGCGGAGGAAAAGGGCAAGAAGGCACUGUUUAUGAAGAAGAUCCAGGAGGCUAGCCGCGAGGAGCCAAUUUAUCUGAAGAAAAAGAGCGACUAA